AAUUUUCUCUGUGCCGCAAUUGGACUUGCUCAGGAUUAAAUCGUACACAUGUUCGAUUCUUGCGUAUUCAUCAUUUUUUUGCUUCCACCUGUUUCUUCACAGAUGAGAUCGAAAUUUACAACCCCCAUCCUGUUCGCGUAUUUUCUGUGGGUCAUCUGCCGUUCUUCACUUGCUCAAACUGAUGAACAUUCACCCUCAUCUUCAACGGGGUCGUGCUGUGGUGCUUGCUAUCAGGGUCCAGCGGGAGCAGCUGGCCAGCCGGGAAUUCCAGGCGUUCCAGGGCAAAAUGGCCUGCCGGGUUCAAUAGGCCAGAAAGGCGAGCCCGGAGUGGGUCUGCUUGGACCCAAGGGGGACACCGGCAAUCGCGGUCAGAAGGGAAACCAGGGAGAGCUUGGGGUUCAAGGACUCAUUGGCCAGCCAGGGAAGCUAGGACCUACCGGGCCCAAUGGCGAGAAAGGAGAAAAGGGAGGAAAGGGUGAGCCUGGAGAAUCGACUGACGUCACCCCAACACCACCAUCUGUCGUCGCUUUCAGCGCAUUCUUAAGUGGUUCCUUCUCAGGAAACAGUGGGGAUGUCAUCAUCUUCCCCACAGUCACUACAAACAUCGGGGACGCGUACGAUUCCGGUAGUGGAGUAUUUACCUGCAACGUGGCCGGUGUUUAUUUCUUUAGUGUGACUCUAAUGAGCUACAACUCAGGACCAACGCUUUUUGCGAUCCUUAAAAAGAACGGCACCCGUAUCUUUUAUGUUUAUGACAACCAUCCGAACUACCACCACCAGUCCAGUAACUCAGUGGUCCUCAUGCUGGCUAUCGGGGACACAGUUCUGCUUGAGAAUGGGAGAACCAAUGGAAGAAUCAACGGCGGUAUUUACUCUUCCUACUCCGGUUUUCUGAUCCAAACCUUGUAACCUACCGACAGGAAUUCUAGGUAUACUUAAUCGGAAGACGUGGUAGAGGAAUGAGAAUUGGUGGAUGUCACAGAGCUAACGCUAGUGCCGCUCCACUCAGACUAAAAAUCAAGGAAUAACUGAGACGAAAAGAAGAUAAAACACAACAUGUGCAGCACACAAAGAUGAAUGGUUUAUUUCAAGAGAGGAAUGAGGUAAACUAAGUAUUUACACUUCCAUAUCAGUCAGUCAGCCAAGUGGGAGUACGUUAUGAGAUUAUCCCGUGAGCAGGAAAGUGGCUGAAGAUAUUACACAGCAACGAAAUUAAUACAAUAUAAAUUUUCCACAGCUCUUUUAAAUACCAUAUAAAUAUUCCUGUUGAAGGUUCCAUGAAAUAAAUUUUUCUUAAAAUCACUUAUUAUGUGUAUCUGUACUCUUUUUAAGUGUAUGAAGGACGCUUUUCCUUUGAUGUAAAUCAAGGAAGACAUGGUCCAGUUUGCAUGGUUUCCUGUAUAAACUCCAAAUAUUCAAUUUGAAAACAUUCAUGUGAAACGGUUGCUUUCUUACUUGUUGCCAAAUACUUACACAACAAUAAACUGCCAAAGGAAAUGAAGUCUACGAUAGUAGGGUUUACAAAUGAUUGUAUUCUUUGCACAAGUAAGUGCAACAAUGAGGCUUGGUGCCUUGGAUGACAUCAUAGAUUUGCUCAUGGAUAUGGAAAUGUGCAUUAGCAUAUAACCAAAAAAACUCCCAAAAAAUCGUUAAAACUGCAAAACAAAUUUUAAAAGUUCCUAUUUUCGUACAGUCAUAUCAAUAACGUUUCUGAACUAGCUUAAUUCUGCAGCUAUCUGAGUCUAUAGGAUUGGAUAGUUUAUUACAGGUUCACUUUUCACCGCACUUGAAGACUUGUGUAAGAAAGGCAAAUUCAAAAAAA